CAAUAACUUGCAUUCUUUUAAGGUUGGUUGUUGAGAUGGCUCUUCUUCGUUUUCGCUACCCUCUGUCACUUCCCCUCUCCUCUCUCUCUUCCUCUUCUCCCGCCCAUGGCUGCAGGCGUUUUAGGUGCGCCGCGGGCAACCAGGCUCUCUUCUCUGUCGAUGCCACGAAGCUUGUGUUGGAAGUCAAGGAAAAACUUGAAAGAGAGCAUCCAAAUCUCCCAGUUGGAAAAAAUGGAAGGGAUGAUGAAGAUAUGAUCCUUUGGUUUUUGAAGGACCGAAAGUUUUCUGUUGAAGAAGCUGUCAUGAAAUUGACGAAAGCUAUUAAAUGGCAUGAAGACUUUGGCGUUUCAGAUUUGUGUGAAGAAUCUGUGAAGAGUGUGUAUGGAACUGGCAAAGCUUAUGUACAUGACUUUCUUGACAACAAUGGCAGACCAGUAUUAGUGGUGGUGGCAUCCAAGCAUUUUCCUGCGGUAGGAAAUACUAGGAAACAGGAACCUAUUGAGGAUGAAAAACUUUGUGUCUAUCUCAUUGAGACUGCAUUAAAUAAACUUCCUCCUGGGACUGAAGAAAUUCUGGGCAUAUUUGAUCUGAGAGGCUUCCGUGUAGAGAACGGGGAUGUUCAAUUUUUGAAGUUCUUGAUGGAUGUUUUCUACUAUUACUACCCGAGGAGGCUGGGGCAGGUGCUCUUUGUAGAUGCCCCUUUCGUGUUUCAGCCCAUUUGGCAGCUUGUUAAGCCUUUGAUGAGGUCGUAUGCCUCGCUGGUGAGGUUUUGUGACAUGGAGACAGUGAGGAAGGAGUAUUUUACAGAAUCCACGGUGCCAACAGACUUUAAAGAUUGAGCUUCCAGUGUCUCAUGGACGUACUACUGUAAGUCUUUACCGUCUCCAAGACCUUACCAUCUGGUGUUACAAACCGGCCAAUUCCUUUAUGGAAAUUAAGAAAAUAAAAUAGAGAGAGAGAGAGA